CGAAGAGGGGACCACCCUUUGUGGGUUUUUCAUAUCAUCACCGACAAGAUUGAAUUGAUUUUGUUUUUUUUCAAACUCCCCCCUUCUCUUGAAAACCGUUCGAAAGCCACACAAUCUAACCAAAAGGAAAUUCUUUUCGUCUGUUUUUUUUUUUGUUUAUUUCGGAUUGUUUUCUACGCAUUUCAUUUCCCCCCCCCCCAAAGGGUCGACAUUGCCCACCAAAGUUCAUUCCGCCCUGUGUUAUUUGUUUUCUUUUAGAAAAUCUAUUCUCGAGGCUCGGGAAAAAAAAAGAAGAUUUUCCCUCUUUUGGAUUUUCAGUAUCCGCACCGGUAUCGCAUCCCGUGAUUUAUUGUCAACGCAAGACGGAGGAGGACACGUUUUUAUAUUUUGUGCGCGUUACUUUCUUCACGGCUAUCUGACCCGUUGCAUCACUGCGCACAACAACACGAUUGUCGAAGCGAAAAGGAGCGCGAUUUGUCUGCUCAAUCAACCCCCACACGCAGACAAGUUUUGAAGGAACAAUGAAACUGCGGUGGUGCCUGACGCUGGUCGCAGCUGUGACGCUUGUGAUCGGCGCGCAAGCCGGUGGAGAACAGUUGAUGGAUGGUGUCGACCGAGACUAUGCUAAUGAGCGGACGCUAGUAGCCGUGCAACCGGUCGUCGGAUUCAACCGGGGUGCUAUCGAGCAUCGGCCCAAUUCCGACGACAUCCGCCGACAGCAAUCGCAGUACACCCGCGGACGGCUCAUGGAGCUCGAAAUCCUGAGCCAAAUCAAAGAGACGGGCCAGCAGGACCAGCCGGCCGAUGUCGAACGCAACCCAAUUAGGAACAACAACAACAACAACAUUUACGUGGAAGAGCAACACUCGUAUCCGGAGAGUUACCGAGGAUUCAACGGUCACUCGUAUCAAAAUGAACCGCCCGUUCUCGACGCGUUGGAGCGACUCGUCGACCCGGUGCCAAUCGAUCCGUUAUCAGACACUAGAAAUGGAGAGGAUUACAAGGUCGUGUGCUACUACGAAUCGUGGGCCAUCUAUCGUGAGGAGCCAAUGACCACCAGUCCGGCGGAUGUCGAUCCAUUCGGCUGCACCCACGUCAUCUAUUCAUUCCUCGGCCUGGACAAGACAUCGUUAACAGUUACCAUUCUCGAUCCCGAUUACGAAGUCAUCAGAGGCGGUUUUCGAGCGGCGCUGGCCCUUAAGAACAUCAACCCUGACCUACAAGUCAUGAUAGCUAUUGGCGGCUGGACAGAAGGAGGCAAACAAUAUUCUCAGAUGGUGUCCAGCAGCGCCACCCGCGCCAAAUUUAUCGAUUCGGUCGUCGCCUUUAUGGAAAAAUGGAAAUUUGAUGGAUUCGAUCUCGACUGGGAAUACCCAGGUGCAACGGAUCGCGACGGUAGAUGGGCGGAUAAAGAAAAUUUCGCUUUGUUGGUGGAGGAAAUGUCAGCCGUCUUCCAACGGCGCAAUUGGCUCUUGACGGCGGCUGUUCCAGCAGCCACGUUCCGCAUCAAUGAAGGCUACGAUGUGCCGCGACUUGCCAAAUCUUUGGAUUUCAUUAACGUCAUGACGUACGAUCUGCACGGCACGUGGGACAAUUACGCCGAUCACCACGCCCCGCUUUUCAGGCGUCCCUUCGAUACGGGCGCCACGCAGAACCUACACUCUGACGGCGCUUUGUCUUACUGGAUCUCCAAAGGAGCUCCGGCCUCGAAAAUCAUUUUCGGCAUUCCGUUUUACGGACGCAAUUUCCGGCUGGCCAAUCCGAGCAACACGCAGCCCCGGGCACCGAUCGCCGGUGCUGGAAUGGUCGGUCCCUACACCAAGGAGGCCGGCUUCGUUGCCUAUUUCGAAAUUUGCAGGUGGCUCCAGGAGGGCGGAUGGCAAGAACUGCAAGAUCCGGCUGGAAGUCCGUACAUCGUCAAGGGAGACCAGUGGAUCGGCUACGACACGGUCGAGUCCGUCGCAGUGAAAAUGGAUUACAUCAGACAGACCGGAUUGGGAGGAGCGAUGAUCUGGGCAGUGGGACUGGACGACAUCAAAGGAGAUUGUGGACCUCAACGGCCUUUGCUGCGCGCAAUCAACGACGGGUUAGGUCGAAAUGGACAAACGCCGACAGUUGUUACACCUAGACCCACAACAACAGCCCGUCCGACGACGACUACUCCAUCACGGCCUUCGACAUCCGGUCCAGUUGAACAAUCUACUUUUGCUCCGCUACAACCGAUCCCAAUCGUUCCUCCCGCACCAACGACAACUGCUCCUUCAAGCGGAUUCGAUCCAAACUGUCUGUUAAAAGGGGACAGCUUUUUCGCCCAUCCAGGGGAUUGCAGUCAGUUCUACCGUUGCGUUGGACCGAGCGCUUAUUUCUUCAAUUGCCCAGCCGGUUUGCUGUUCAACCCCAGCAUCUUUGUUUGCGAUUGGCCGGAGAACGUCCAGUGCAAUUCAGAGAACUCUAGAAUAAGCGCGGAACGGCAAUUGCAAAAGAAUAAAGACUACAAGGUCGUCUGCUACUACAGCAGCUGGGCAUGGCUGAGACGCGGCGAUGCCGAAUUCGUUCCAGAGAACGUGUUAUCAUCCAGCUGCACGCACGUCUUGUACGCCUACGCGGGUUUAGAUCCGAAAACUUUGCUCAUCAAAAGCAACGACAUUUGGACGGACAUCAGCAACAGAAUGUACGCCAGGAUAAAUUCAUUGAAGCAAAUCAAUCCUAGUCUGAAAAUCAUGUUGGUAAUGGGCGGGUGGACGGAGUCGCGUGACGACGCUUACAGCCGGCUCGUCUCCGACGCUAGGGCGCGUUCCACGUUCGUCGUUCACGCGGUGGCUUUCCUCAAAACGUACGGAUUCGACGGUCUGCACCUCGACUGGCAGUACCCGGUUUGCUGGCAAGCUGAUUGUUCCAAAGGACCCGCAUUCGACCGAACAAACUACCCCGUUCUAAUUCAAGAACUGAGCCGUGAAUUUGGUAGAAACGAUCUUUUACUGGGCGUUAACGUGGCCGGUUACAAGAACGUCGCCGUGACGGCUUUCGACGGCGCUGCUAUCGGACGAUUCGCCGAUUUCAUCACGGUGCCAACUUUCGAUUUCCACGGCAGCUGGGAGAGCAUGACAGGGCACACAGCUCCACUUGAAGGGAGCGGCGAUUCGGACAGUGUCGAAGCUAGCAUGAACUACUGGAGCAGACAGGGCGUACCAGCAGCUAAACUUGUCGUUGGUAUUCCAUUCUACGGGCAGAGUUUCACAUUAGCCGUUCCGGCUACAACUAGAGAUCAAGCGGCCAUCGGCGUCAAGGCCAAAGGAGCUGGACUCCCUGGCCCUUAUACCCAACAAGCGGGCAUGUUGGCUUAUUACGAAAUUUGUCAUCAAGUGCGUCAAGGUAUUUGGACCGAGGUGAGCAACGAUUCCCCAUUCGCCUUCAGGGGUAAUCAAUGGGUCGGCUACGAUAACGUGGAUUCAGUCCGCCGGAAAGCGAACUACAUCAAACGCCAAGGCUUUGGCGGUGCGAUGGUCUUCUCCAUUGACAUGGACGAUUUCAAGAAUACGUGCUGCACAGAAGCUUUCCCUUUGACUAAAGCUAUCGCAAGAGCCCUUGGCAUCCGCACAGAUCCACAGCCAACACCUGGAGUCAACUGCCAGCGUCCACCUUCACCAGUCACACCACCCCCGCUAGCCAUCACAACUGGUUUCGAUUCAGGCAUGAGUACAAGGCCUACCACUCCAUCCACAUUCCCAAUGAUUCCAACUACACCACCAACUCGGCCACCAACUCGGCCACCUACUCGGCCACCAACUCAACCGCCAACUCGGCCACCAACUCAACCGCCAACUCGACCAUCUACUCGCCCGCCAACCCAACCACCGACACGACCGGCAACACGACCACCAACCCAACCACCGACACGACCUGCAACACGACCACCGACUGAGCCACCGACUCAAACAAAUUGCAUCAACGGUCAAUAUUACCCCGUGCCGGGCGAUUGCACCUCUUUCGCUAGAUGCGUCAUGGGCGUCCUGAAGAAGAACAAAUGCUCACCUGGCCUGUACUGGAACAACGACGAGACGCUUUGCGAUUGGCCCGAAAGAGUCAACUGUCAAUCAGAUGAUCAAGUUACCUUGCCAGCCACCUUAGCACCCACACGUUCCACCACCCCCUUUGUACCGACGAUAAGCAACACGGAACCAUUCAGGCCUACGCCCAGGCCUACGACACGGCCACCACCAGCCAUCGAACCGGUUACAGAACAAUGUCAAGAAGGACAAUACAGUCAAAGAGGGCCAGACUGUUCCGCCUAUCAAUGGUGCAUCAACGGGCAGCUAAUCGAACAAGGUUGCCAACCUGGACUGCAUUGGAAUCAGCAAAUAAAAGUCUGUGACUGGCCAGCCAACGCAAACUGUCCAUUCAACGGCCUUGUCCCGGGUGGAUCUCAAACGACGCCCUCAUUAGCAGUCACAACAGGCAGACCAACCCGGCCUUCAACAACAACAAGGCCAUCAAGACCGACCGAAACAAUCAGGCCAACAAAACCGAUAACUACGACCAAACCAGCAAGACCUCCUCAGCCAUCCAAACCAGGCGAGUACAAGGUGAUCUGCUACUACACCAACUGGUCUUGGUAUCGUCCCGGUGAAGCCAAAUACUCCCCAGCUGACAUCGAUGUCGACCUUUGCACUCACAUCCUUUACGGCUUUGCCACGUUAGAUCCCAACCAAUUAACAAUGCGAGUCUUUGAUUCGUGGUCGGACACGGACGAAUACGGACCGAAAUUAUACGCAAAGGUAGUGGCCCUCAAGAGUCGCGGCGUCAAAGUUUUGAUCGCUCUCGGGGGCUGGAACGAUUCACUGGGCAACAAAUACAGUCGGAUGGUCAACGAUCCAUCGGCCAGGAAACGAUUCAUUGACAACGCUAUCCUCUUCAUCGAGAAAUACGGAUUCGACGGACUCGAUCUCGACUGGGAGUACCCAAAAUGCUGGCAGGUGGAUUGUAACGCUGGUCCAGCUUCGGAUAAACCGGCUUUUGCCGCUUUAGUCAGCGAAUUGAGAGCCGCUUUUACUCCGCGAGGUUGGCUCCUAUCGUCCGCCGUCUCGCCGUCCAAGACGGUCAUCGACGCUGCGUACGAUGUGCCUUCCCUAUCACGAGAUUUCGACUGGAUCGGGGUCAUGACGUACGAUUACCACGGUCAUUGGGACAAGAAAACUGGUCACGUAGCUCCGUUCACCACCCAUUCGGAAGCGGAUGUCGUCUACUUCAACACGAAUUACACGCUCAAUUACUGGAUCAAAUUGGGAGCGGAUCCGGCUAAAUUGAUCCUCGGUGUGCCACUCUACGGCCAGUCAUUCACGCUGGAAAAUCCGAACAACAACGGACUGAACGCCCCGGCUAAAGGGACUGGCCAGCAAGGAGAAUUCACGCGUCAAGCUGGAUUCCUUGCCUACUACGAGAUUUGCAAACAAAUCAAAGGAAGCGGAUGGACAAUUGUACAAGACGAAGAAGGAGCCAUGGGACCAUACGCCUAUCGCGGGGAUCAAUGGGUCUCUUUCGACGACGUCGAUAUUGUCCGUAGAAAAUCCGACCUCGUUCGCACGAUGAAACUCGGCGGCGCCAUGAUCUGGGCGCUAGACCUGGACGAUUUCCGCAACCGGUGCGGAUGCGAAACCUAUCCGCUGCUCAAAACAAUUAAUCGCGUACUGCGCAAUUAUCCGGCAUCGGGAGAAACGUGCGCCAAUUCACCAAUGAAACUAGAUGGCGGUAAUGACAACAACGACAGUUCGGAAAGUGUCAGUAUUUGGGCUCCCAUUUCGGGUAAAGGAACUAGCUGCACGAGCGGAUCCUUCCGGGCGCAUGAAUCCACUUGUACUAGCUAUUAUCAGUGCGUGAACGGACAAUGGGCCGAAGCCAGGUGCCCCGGAGGAUUGUACUGGAAUCGAAGCCAUUGUGAUUGGUCUUUCAAUACGAAAUGCGGGUCAGCGGCUUGAAUGGAAAAUAUCAUUUUAAAUUGCUGGAUUUGUUUUUAAAAAUUCGGCAUGUUUUUUUUUACUCCUUUUUUUCCUGGUUGGUUGUCUGGUGCUUUCAAUCUAUCAUGGGAUAGUUAAAAUGGAUUUUUACAUUGUAGUAUUGAAAAAAAAAAUGUGGUGGGAAACAUGAUGCACGUUGCAACCGUUGAUACUUUUUUCCCCUUUUAAUGGAUUCCUCAAAUCAAAGUAGCCAAUUAUUGGACCAUUUUUUAUUUAUUUUUUUUUUAUUUGAUGAAAGCGGUUCUUCUGAACCUAUUAGAAAAACACAGAGUACUGGCCCUAUUGCCACAAACUGCAUCCAUAAAUGGCCAGGGUAUUAUUUCAAAAGAAUUCCUCCAUUACUGAUAAAGACGAUGGGAUUCAAUAAAAAAAAGAAUCGGGUAUGCCUCUAUUUGUGUCUGUCUGUAUCGUUUGGUUUUUUUGUUUUUUUUUUUAUUCUCAAAUUGUUGUUGGUGGGAUUUGUUGCCAUGACAAUACACGAUUCCCCAUCUCCA